CACGUUUCUUUCCAAGCCUAUUACAGCCAAAUUGUCCUUCCUCUUCCUAUCUAAUUGAGCCUGUUCCGGGCCAUCCCACGUCUUCUUCCUCGUUUGGCCGAAGAAAUUCAACAAAUCUUGAGGCGACGGGAAAGGGCCCCCAUCAACGACACAAAGACAAAACAGCUCAAGGAUGUUGCGCCUGCCUAUUCGCACUGCAGCCCGUCUGACACCCAGAUCACUGGUGCCAGCGGCGAAACGAUUCUACGCCAGUGAAGCGGAAGAACUUGAUGUGCUUGUUAUUGGCGGUGGUCCCGGUGGAUAUGUCGCAGCCAUCAAGGCAGCCCAGCUUGGUCUGAAGACAGGGUGUGUCGAGAAGCGCGGCGCUUUGGGUGGUACCUGUCUCAACGUCGGAUGCAUUCCUUCAAAGGCCCUGCUCAACAACUCACACCUGUAUCAUACCAUCCUCCACGACAGCAAGAACCGCGGUAUUGAUGUCAAUGAUGUCAAGCUCAAUCUGCCAAACAUGCUCAAGGCAAAGGACAAUGCCGUGCUGGGCCUGACGAAGGGUGUCGAGUACCUCUUCAAGAAGAAUGGCGUCGCUUACUACAAGGGCAGCGGAAAGUUCGUCGAUGAGCAUACCGUCGAUGUCAAGGCAGUCGAGGGUGAGAAGGACGUUGUAUUGCGCGCCAAGAACAUCAUCAUUGCUACCGGUUCAGAAGCGACACCCUUCCCUGGUAUUCAAUUUGAUGAGCAAAAGAUUGUCUCCUCUACAGGUGCACUUGACCUGCAGAAAGUUCCAGAGAAGCUCAUUGUCAUUGGUGGCGGCAUCAUCGGUCUCGAGCUCGGCUCUGUCUGGGCGCGACUUGGCAGCAAGGUCCAAGUUAUUGAGUACUUGCCGGCCAUUGGCGCCGGUAUGGAUGCAGACAUGUCCAAGGCAUUCACCAAGCUCAUGAAGAAGCAAGGUAUUGAGCUCAAGGCCAGCACAAAAGUCAUUAGUGGCAAGGUCGAUGGCGACAAGGUUGUUGUCGAGGUCGAGUCAGCAAAAGGUGGCAAGCAAGAGACGCUCACUGGUGACGUGUGUCUUGUCGCUAUUGGUAGGCGACCAUACACAGAAGGUCUCGGUCUGGAGAAUGUCGGCAUUGAGAAGGACGACCGUGGGCGAAUUAUCAUUGAUGAGCAGUUCCGGACAAACGUCCCUCACAUUCGCGUCAUUGGCGAUGUGACAUUCGGUCCUAUGCUUGCGCACAAGGCUGAAGAUGAAGGUAUCGCAGCAGCCGAGUUCAUCAACGGCGGACACGGCCACGUCAACUAUGGUAACUGCCCGAGCGUCAUGUACACACACCCAGAAGUUGCUUGGGUCGGUCUGACCGAGGCGCAGGUGAAGGAAGGAGGCAAGCCUUACGACGUAGGCACUUUCCCCUUCAGCGCUAAUUCGCGUGCCAAGACCAACGGCGACGCUGAGGGUCUCGUCAAGAUGAUUGCAGACAAGGAGACGGGUCGCUUGCUGGGAAUUCACAUCAUGGGCCCCAAUGCAGGCGAGAUGAUUGGCGAGGCAGGCUUGGCGCUCGAGUACGGCGCAUCAGCGGACGAUAUCACUGCUGUCAUUCACGCCCACCCAACCCUUUCAGAGGCGUUCAGGGAAUGUGCCAUGGCGACAGGUGGCAAGGCUAUCCACUUCUAAAUCAUCAUUUAUAGAAUGCAGCGUUUCCUUAAAAGCUAUUGAGACCUUGCUUCCUUUAAAGUAGAUUGUUACAUGCU